UGACUGGACUUUGCACCUGAAAGACAGUUAAAACUAAGGGUAGUUGGGGAGAGAACUCAUUUCCUCCUUGGAUUAUCCAGCAAGAACAGCUAAAAUGGAAGCCUUCACUCAUCUCACUCUUCUCGCACUCCUUUUUGUCAACUUGGCCGCCAGCCAAAACAGCACAAAUGUCUCUUCAACCAUAGAAACUGUGACCAAUACCAACGCAGCUGUUGAAAAUAGUUCCCCUGCAGCUUCCAUCACCAUGAUGAGUACAUAUUCUUCUGCUACAGGUGCCCCCUCUGCUCCAUCCGCAAGUGGCACAGCCAACCCCUCUCUAACUCUUCCACCCCGUCCUGCAGAAAGUGAGUCAACCACAAAUGCAAACCCAUUAGUCACAGUCGAUAUGACCACCGCUGUAUCUCCAAAUGACAUGUCAGGCGGAACUCUCCCUUCCCUAACAACACAAGGUAACAGUGAAAUGUUCCCUACCACAAAAAGUGAUUCCUCAGUGAUUAUUUCCACGAAACCGCUACCACAAGUGACUUCUAACAACGCUUCAUCGGAGAACAGCACCUCAAAUCCUGGUACCACAGGUCCGAGGCGUCCUUGCCAACACAAUCCCUGCACAGUAGGUUCCGCAUGUGUUGAGCUUCAUGACACGCACGUCUGCCUGUGUUUAGAAGGGUAUUACUAUCACUCUUCUGCCUGUGUGAAAGGAAAGAUAUUCCCUGGGGAGAUUAAAGUAAAAUUAUCAGAAACAUCUGGCUUAGAAGACAAAACUUCCAUAGCCUAUCAAGACUUGUAUGCUGAACUUAUUAACUUAUUUAGGAAUAUAUUUGGCGCAUUGUAUGGGCAGACUAUAAUUCUUAAUGUAAGCACAUCUCCUUCCCAGUCAGCAAGAUCUGAAAUGCGUGCUGGUGACAAGGCUGUUACCGUAAGGAUAGUAAACAUUUUGUCACAAAAUGCGAAUGAAACUGAGGAGAGUGUGUCCACAAUGAUUCAAAAUGCAAUUAAUGGCUCAAGCAACUUUUCGAAUUAUGUUCUGCAAAAUCGGUGUGAUUAUUACGGUUGCAAUCCGGCUGAUGAUGCCUGUGACAAUGGUUUAGCCUGUGAGUGCAAAAGCAAUUGGGAAAGACCUAAUCCCCAGGCUGCUGCCUGUGUUGCCUCCAGUCCAAAGUGUCCUGCUGACUGCAGUGGCGAGCACAGGCAGUGCUUGAUAAAGGAGGGUGGGGCCCCUACGUGCGCCUGCGAGCCCGGCUACCAGGAAAACCAUGGGAAGUGUCAAAAGUGUCCGUUUGGCUACAGUGGACUUGACUGCGAAGACCAAUUUCAGUUGAUCCUCACCAUCCUGGGCAUCAUUGCCGCCAUUGUCAUUCUCAGCAUGGUGAUUGCACUGAUCGUCACAGUAAGAUCAAGGAACAAAGAGAAGAAUAUUGAAGAACAGAACUUAAUCGAGGAAGACUUUCAAAAUCUGAGACUGCAACAGACCGGCUUCAGCAAUCCAGGAGCAGACAGGAGCAUCUUCCCUAAAGUCAAGAUAGCAGCUUCCAAAGACACCCAAACACAAAAUCCCUAUGUACACCAGGGAAACCUACCCGGCCCUGACUAUUAGAAUGGCAAAAAUCUGGACCCUUCCAUGGCCCCUAACCUACAAGCUAUUAUCUUGAGUAUUCAGAAAAACUGAUGGAGAAGUGAGCCCUGGUGAAACUCUGGCGUCCGACAGCUGCCAGCCUCUCCAAAUGGAAGUUGUGAAUGUUUGCGUGCUUGCUAAAUAAGUAUCUGUGAAAUUAAUGCACAUCAAUGCUAUUCGCAAUUAUAAGAUACUUGAUUUUCUCCAGUCAGUAUAAAAUACUGACCAUGGUUGGGUUUAUUUUAUUUUAUUUUUGAGACAGAGUUUCACUGUGUUGCCCUCGGUAGAGUGGCGUGGCAUCACAGCUCACAUCAACCUCAAACUCCUGAGCUUAAGUGAUUCUCUUGCCUCAGCCUCCCAAGUAGCUGAGACUCCAGGCACCUGCCACAAUGCCCGGCUAUUUUUUGGUUGCAGUUGUCUUUGUUGUUUAGCAGACCCGGGCUGGGCUUGAACCUGCCACCCUUGGUGUAUGUGGCUGGUGCCCUACUCACUGAGCUAUGGGCACUGAGCCCAUGGUUGUUUUUUUUUUUUUUUUUCCUGGUAGGGCAACAAUAGCCACUCCCAACCUCAAAGGAAGCUUUCCAGUGCAUUCUCUCCUAGGAGAAUAUAGCUAUUGAGGAGAUAGGCUACAGAUCAGUGACCUAAUUCUCUGGGGAAACUCUUCAGCUGUGGAAGUGACCUAAUUCUCUGGGGAGACUUAUACAUCAGUUGUGGAGCUCUCAGGGGAUGAGAAGAGGUACCAUCUUUUAAGGUUCUUGGGUUCACUCUCUGAUGAGUUAAAACAGGAAUACUACUUCUGUCCCUCCAAUGCAGGAAGUCUUUGAACCUGCCCGCACCCCAAGAAGACAGGAACAAGCCAUGUUUCUCAGCUUUUCCAGGAGUGACUGGAAUCCAGGAACUUUUUGAUGCUAACUAGAAGACCUGGAUGAGAAAUGUCCACAAUGGUGGUGGGGGGCAGGGGGCGUUGCAUGCUAGAGUUUUCAAAAUGCUAGUAAGUAGAAGGGGUAGGGAGAAAAACACGUGGCCGGGUGGGAGGAAGAGAAGAAAAGGCAGCUGGGCUGGGAGAG